AUGGCGGGAGUCCUCUUAUGGAGGACCAGGAUGCUUGCGGAGGGGCGACUUGGAUGUCUAAAGUUCAUCCCGGCUUGGGGAUUCCGCGUGAGGAGCUCACCUUUAGGACCGAUUUCGACGAAGCUGCUCAACAUCAUAUUAUGUCUGGCGGGAAGUUCACCGCGUUGGUCCAGAAGUACGAGACGGCGCUUCGGGCAGCUAAGGACGAAGCCUUUGUGUUGCGGCAGAGCAGGAGAUGGCCAAGAUGUCGAUACGAUGGUGGCUGAUUUGCAGCAGGAUAAACUGGCGCUUGAGUCGAAGGUCGCGGCGCUGAACAGGGAGAUCGUGAAGACUCUCGGACUCCAGGAGGUAGCAGACAAGCUGAGGGCUCAAGUGAGUGAUCUGGAGGAGGCGCGUCGGGAUGCAGAGGCUUCUGCUGCUGAGAUGGAGCGUCUCCGACGGUCUCGUCGAGAAUCGGUCGAGGCGGCUGUGACUCAGGUCUUCGACUCGGUGAAUGACUGGUAUGCUCCUCGCCUCCAUCGCUUGUCGGAGUUCGUCGCGCAGCGGACAUGGUUGAAGCCGCUGUGGGGAGGAGGCAAGUCGACGAAGCUCUCCUCAACUUUGUGA